AUGGCAACUCCAUUCCUCUCAACAGCAAACACCUUCCUCUCCCCAUCUCACCCUUCCCCAACAUCUCAAUCACCAUUACCUCAUUCCUCAUCUUCUUCACUAGCAGUUCUACAGCCCUCGAGGACAGCCAAGAAGCUCCCCAAUUUAUGCAGAGCUUCCAAUGAAUCCUCAUCAGCAGCAGAAUCCCCUGAUGUAGUGACCAAGAGGAGAAGCUUAGCGAUUUGCCUAAUCACUGGCCUUGCUUUCUCAUCACUGCCCAAUGCAGCAGACAUGACUACUUCUUCUGCUCAUGCUGCUAUACUGGAAGCUGAUGAAGAUGAUGAACUCAUGGAGAAAGUGAAGCUGGACAGGAAGAGGAGGAUUGAGAGGCAAGGGGUUCUCAACUCUGCCAAGAAAGAAACUGGGUAUUUGCAAGAUGUGGUUUACAAUCUGAGUAAAGUAGGCCAAGCUAUAGAGAACAGUGACCUACCUGCAGCUGGUUCAGUUCUUGGCAAAGGGACCAAUGCUGAUUGGGUUCAAAAGGCCAAUGUAGCCUUUGCCAAGUUGAGCUCGGGCCCUGAAGAGAAAACCGAAGUGGACACCUUCAACUCCUCCCUAGCUUCAUUGAUUUCUUCAGUCGUUGGCAACGACAUCGAAUCCUCGAAAGUCGCCUUCUAUGCAUCAGCCUCAGCUUUCGAGAAAUGGACCACCUUGACUGGCAUAAUUACACAGCUCAAAGGGCUCUGA